AUGGCGGCUCCCCUCCCCGCGCGGAGCCGGUUUGUGGUGGUGGGAGGGGGGAUUGCGGGAGUCACCUGCGCCGAGCGGUUGGCUACAGAAUUUCCAUCAGAAGAUAUUCUCUUAGUAACAGCUUCUCCAGUUAUAAAAGCAGUAACAAAUUUCAAACAGGUCUCCAAAACACUAGAGGAAUUUGAUGUUGAAGAACAACCAAGCACUAUGUUAGAAAAACGGUAUCCCAACAUUAAAGUUAUAGAGUCUGGAGUGAAACAGUUGAAAAGUCAGGAGCAUAAAAUUUUCACAGAAGAUGGCAAACAGUGUAUAUAUGAAAAACUUUGCCUAUGUGCAGGAGCAAAACCUAAGUUAAUUUUUGAAGGAAACCCAUAUGUAUUAGGAAUCCGGGAUACUGACAGUGCUCAGGCCUUUCAGAAUCAUUUGGCCAAAGCUAAAAGAAUAGCAGUUGUGGGAAAUGGUGGCAUUGCGCUCGAAUUAGUGUAUGAAAUUGAAGGAUGUGAAGUGAUUUGGGCCAUCAAAGACAAAGCCAUUGGGAAUACUUUCUUUGAUGCGGGAGCAGCUGAAUUCCUUAUUCCAAAGCUAACUGCUGAGAAAUUAGAGACUGCAAUUGCAUGUAAAAGAACCAAAUAUACGACAGAAGGAAGUGAGAAGGAAGAAGGAAGUGUGUCAGCAGCUGACAAACUAGGCACUGCCUUAGGCCCUGAUUGGCAUGAGGGCCUACAUCUUAAAGGAACUAAAGAGUUUUCUCACAAAAUUCACAUUGAAAAACUGUGUGAAAUAAAGAAAAUAUACCUUCAGCAAGAAUUCAAGCAGCUGCAGAAGACCUCUUUAUCUUUUCCUAAAGAUAAUUCAGAUAACCAGAAUGCACACCCAGAUGACGAGCUGUGGCCUGUAUAUAUGGAAUUAACCAAUGGGAAGAUAUAUGGCUGUGAUUUCAUUGUCAGUGCAACUGGAGUUGUGCCAAAUGUUAAGCCAUUUCUUGAUGGUAAUAAUUUUGCUCUAGGUGAAGAUGGCGGUCUGAAAGUGGAUAAACAUAUGCACUCUUCAGUAGCAGAUAUCUAUGCAGCAGGGGAUAUCUGCACUGCAUCGUGGGAACCUAGUCAGGUGUGGCAGCAGAUGAGGCUUUGGACCCAAGCUAGGCAGAUGGGAUGGUAUGCAGCAAAGUGCAUUGUAGCAGAUUUUUUAGGGGAAUCUAUUGACAUGGACUUCAGUUUUGAACUCUUUGCUCAUGUUACAAAAUUUUUCAAUUAUAAGGUGGUGCUUUUGGGAAAGUACAAUGCUCAGGGUUUGGAUUUAGACCAUGAACUAAUGUUGAGGUGUACCAAAGGGCAAGAAUACGUCAAAGUGGUGAUGCAGAAUGGACGAAUGAUGGGAGCUGUAUUGAUUGGUGAAACAGACUUAGAAGAAACCUUUGAAAACUUGAUUUUAAAUCAGAUGGAUCUUUCAGCAUAUGGAGAAGAUCUCCUAAAUCCAAAUGUUGACAUAGAGGAUUAUUUUGACUGAAACAAAAACACUGCUCUCCAUUAUUUUAUUUAGAGUUUGAACUUCCAGUGCUGUGGUUUAUAUAACAGUUUACUCAGAAUUUACAGAAAUCAAGUAACCAGGUGUAAUUACAAUUCUGGAGUGAAGAUAUUGUGCUGGUGCUGCCAGACACUAAGAGGCAGUUGGGAGAUAUGUGCUGAAAUGGAGCAGCAC